UUAGCAUCUGAAAUGAAAGCUUAUAGAUGUGAAUUGGAGAAGGCAAAUGAAAAUAUUACCGAACAAACCGAAAAAAUCACAAAUAAUAUAAAUCAAAUUCAGGAGUUUACUUCUAAAUUACAAGAAUAUGAGCGUCUUCGUAGAAAACUUCAUAAUGAUGUUCAAGACCUUAAAGGAAAUAUACGUGUAUUCUGUCGUGUUCGUCCAUUAUUAGAGUCAGAAUCACAAAAUAUUGCUAAUUUCAAGUUUCCAAAAGAAAUACCAUUCAAUAGAAAAAUCUCUCUUAUAUCAACAAAAACAAAUUAUUUAGGAGAGAAAAAAGAAAUUUUUAAAGAAUAUCAAUUUGACCAAGUGUUUGAUACUUUAGCAACACAGAAAGAUAUUUUUUCUGAGGUUGCACAUAUCGUUCAAUCGGUUGUAGAUGGUUAUAACGGGUGCAUUUUCGCAUAUGGCCAAACUGGGGCUGGCAAGACAUAUACCAUGACAGGUCCUGCUAAUGCAACCCCUGAAACCGAAAGGAUGAUCCCUCGAGCGGUCCAUUUAAUUUAUGAUCUCAUUCAAGAUUUAAAGACUCAAUGUUGGAAAUUUACACUAGAAGGACAAUUCAUAGAAAUAUAUAAUGAUAGCAUUCGAGACUUGCUUGUUGCUGAUCCAUCUAGUAACAAUGGUGUUAAACAUAAAACAAUUCAUGAUGAGCGGACUGGCACAACAAGAAUUUCAAAAGCCACUACUGUGGACCUUGAUUGUUCUAAUACACUAAAUCAAGCAUUAAAAACCGCAGCUCAUAAUCGAGCAGUCGCUGCAACAAAAUGUAACGCUCAUUCUUCACGCAGUCAUAGCGUAUUCAUGAUUCGAUUGAGAGGAACAAAUGACAACUCAAAUGAAACUAGAAUCG